GGCGUAUUGAGUGAGGUCUUUACCUUAUUUGAGAGAGGAAGAAGCAAAUAAUUCCAUAUAUAUAUAUAUAUAUAUUGGGAGGGGAGAAGCUGUAGAGACAAGCAGGCUGCACAUACGUCUGAUAAGAAAGACGAAGCGUGUUAGGUGCCUUUGCUGUAGUGUAUUUUCGGAAUCUAGCCUCUUAAUGACCUAUGUUGCGUUCUUCAAAAUCAGUGAGAGGAAGUAUAUUUCUAAGAAUUACAAGACUUCUGCGUAAAAGAAGUGGGAAGCCAAAUGAGUUACCCGAAUACAAACAAGUGUACUUACCUUACGAUGCAACCCCAACACAGAUUGAACUAGACCGCGAACGGAAAAAGUUUUCCCGUGCAUACCAUGGUCGUCAAGAGCACAAAAAGCUUGUAGAAAUAAAAAAUGUACCACAAAAUAUGUUCACAUAUGGGAAGGAAGGCAUGUCAAUCCCGAUUUCUAUCUUCAAGGAUCAGCAAGACCCUGUCAUUGGACCGGAGUGGACGUAUCCAGGAAUUUACGAAAAUAAAAUUGUGGCGCAGCACUGGUAUCUAUCAGAACUGUUUGAUCGUGAAGAAAAGGGGUCCUUUGAGUCGCCUUGGCAAAAACAGAUCCUCGAUAAUCAAGUCAAAAGACACCUUGGCAAGGUGGCAUGGCGCAUGAGGAUGUUAAAAAUAAAAACCAUUGACAUUUUCCACAAGGAAAGGGGCUCUUCGAAAAGACCGGGAGCUGCAUCGGGAACGGAUGGUAAGAUGGCCUCCGUAGGCAAUAAGCGAAAGAAGUAAUCCUAGAACUCAAAAUACGCGAUGCUUAAUGACCAGUACUGUGAAGGAAACAAUAAAAAAUGGAAUGCAUGGCGCUAUUUUUUCCAGCAUACUUUUUUUAAUGGAAUUCCAAUGUGGUUCACAAGGCUAAA